AAUAUUCAUCUCGAAUAGCCGCAAAGUUCAGUAGUUUCAGUUCAGAGCCUGGCGUCGGUGGAGUGGGAGCAUCUGCGGCAUGCGUCGCGAAGUUGGAUUCAUACAAUGUUUUGACGAAUGAGAUACUCCAAAACACCAUAUCAAGAAAAUGGCUGUCGAAAUCCUAGAUGAGGACCAUUAUGCAAUAAGUGCUAUAGUUACCAUCAGCAUGCAAGUUAUAUUUUUUCUGAUAGCAGCCACUUUUCAAAUGGACAAAAUUACGGAUUUCGCAGGCGGAAUAAAUUUCAUCAUUUUGGCUGUGCUCACAUUUUUGCUCGGACAAGGAGAAAGGAAAAGCUACGACAGUAGACAAUUAAUGGUUACUAUAUUUGUAUGUUUGUGGGGUAUGAGAUUAUCAGGAUAUCUUCUGUAUAGAAUAAUGAAAAUUGGAAGAGAUAAACAGUUUGACGAUAAGAGAAGCAACAAUAUACGGUUUGCAAUUUUUUGGACAUUUCAGGCUGUUUGGGUAUACAUCGUUAGUUUACCAGUAAUAAUAAUUAAUUCUCCAAGACAUUCAAUACCCAAAGCUCCUAAAACCAUGACGACGUUGGAUUCGACUGGCACAGCAUUCUUUAUUGUUGGACUUCUUGCUGAAACGUAUGCGGAUUUACAAAAAUUUUCAUUCAGACAAGAUCCCAACAACCAGGGAAAAUGGUGCAAUGAUGGAUUGUGGCGACUGUCCAGACAUCCCAACUAUUUUGGAGAAAUAGUUCUGUGGUGGGGAAUAUUUGUCAUAUCUCUUAAUGUGAUUGAGGGUGUAGAAUGGAUUGCAAUAAUGUCACCACUAUUCACUACAAUAAUUAUAUUGUUCCUAUCCGGAAUCCCACUUCUGGAAAAGUCUUCCGAUGAGAAAUACAGAGAUAUUACGGAAUACCGAUUCUACAAAUCAUCUACCUCGCCUCUCAUCCCCAUACCCCCGUCAAUCUACGAGGAAGUUCCGCAGUUUCUGAAAUUCAUUAUGUGCUGUGAAUACCCGAUGUACAACUCUCUAGAAGAAAAAGUCAAGACUUCACAUAUCAUCAAAGAGUCCACCAGUGCUUCCUUGGCAGCGUCUCAGACAUAACUAUAGCUGCAUGCUGGUCAUCAACAGAUCAGCAGUGGAACUAGUAGCAAUGCAAUUUUUGAAACUAAAAUACAAAUUACAUCUCUGUGAGAGAAAAAAAGCAUGUGAGAGAAGUGACGCUGGAAAAUAUGGGUUAUGAGAAGAAUAUUGUCAUAUCAGCGAAUCCCUGCUGAACAAAGUUCAAUGUAGAUUAGAUUUGUUUCAACUUAAAAUCUGUUCUUCGGUUGAAGAUGUUAUCAAAAAGUUGUCGUAUUCGCCAAAUAAAUAGUAACAAAGUU